UAAUAAUACGAAUCCCGCACUCAAAAAUAAUAAUAACAAUGGUACGUAUCCCAUAUUUUAGGGUCUCUCUUUCUUCGUUGACUGAUCCAAUAAGGGCAUACGCUCAGUUUUAAUGCUGAUUAGGCCAUCUGGUUGUUUGACUUUUCCAUCACUCCGACGUCGCAUCACUUGCUUCGUUUGAUCUUCUACGACUCCUUUCCAUGGCUUAGAACAAUCCCUUGUUUCUCCUUCUUCCCCUAUCACUGCAGUGCGGCAGGAAACGGCGAAUUGAAUUCCUUCUGGUUUAGCAGUCUCACAGGUUCACUUCUUUUUCUGGGUCCAAUCUGAAUUUACUUAUCUUUCCUCUUAUCAUCUGUAAAUAGUUAGAGCUGUAGAGCUUAACUGGCAUCUUGUUUAAGAGCAUAAUGGGAAUGUUUGACUUUGGCCAUGUGCUACUACUGGACCUUCUUUCUCAACUGCUGGUGCUGCUUCUAAUCAAAUCAUCACAUGCCACAGAAUUGGUUUCAAGCCAAAGUAGAACGGAUGAAGUUGCAGGAUUACUAGCCUUCAAGAGAUCUUCGGUUGAAUUGGAUCCAAACAACUUCUUAGCCAACUGGACAGCCAAUUCCUCUAGUCCAUGCUCAUGGGUUGGCCUUUCUUGCUCUCUUGACGGCCAUGUAACCGCUCUCAACCUCAAUAAUGCGGGUCUUAUUGGCAGCCUACAUCUCCCUGACCUCAUUGCUGCCUUGCCAUUUCUCAGGCAUCUUAGUCUCCAAGGCAAUUUGUUCUCUGCUGGUAAUCUCUCUGUCUCAACUGCUACUCCCUGCGCUCUUGAGUUUCUUGAUCUUUCCUCCAACAACAUCUCUGAUCCUCUGCCAUCAAAGUCCUUCACUUUGUUUUGUGAUCGUCUGGCUUAUGUUAAUCUCUCUUGCAAUUCUAUUCCCAGUGGCACUCUCCAUUUUGGUCCUUCUUUGCUACAGCUCGACCUCUCCCGCAAUCGUAUCUCCGAUUCUACCUUAUUGAACUAUUUUCUCAUUAGCUGCCAGAACUUGAUUUUUCUUAAUUUCUCAGAUAACAAGCUUGCAGGUAGACUUGAAGACACUCCCAUGUCUUGCAGGAAUCUAUCAGUUUUAGACCUCUCGUAUAAUCUGUUAUCAGGGGAGAUACCACCUGGCUUUAUUGCAGAUUCUCAAUCGUCUCUUAAGCACAUAGAUCUCUCGCACAACAACUUUUCUGGCAAGUUCUCCAGCCUGGACUUUGGAAAUUGUAGCAACCUUACUUUCCUCAGUUUGUCAACAAACAUGCUUUCUGGCGGUGGGUUUCCAACUAGCAUGAGCAACUGUGAGGUCUUGGAGACACUUGACCUCUCCCAUAAUGAGCUGCAAUUAUCGAUUCCUGGUGCCUUGCUGGGAAGGUUGAAGAAUUUGAGACAGCUAUCUCUCGCUGAAAAUCAAUUCUUUGGAUAUAUUCCUCCUGAAUUAGGACAGGCUUGUGGGAAUCUGCAGAAGCUGGAUCUGUCAGUGAAUAAACUUACUGGUGGCUUGCCACUUAAUUUUAUAUCCUGUUCUUCUUUGGAGAGUCUUAAACUUGGCAAUAAUCUCCUCUCAGGAGAUUUUCUUACAACUGUUGUCAGUAGUCUUCAAAAUUUGAAGUAUCUCUAUGUACCAUUCAACAACAUAACUGGUUCUGUGCCGCUAUCUCUGACAAAUCUUACUCAGAUUCAAGUGCUUGACCUUAGUUCUAAUGGCUUUACUGGGAGGAUUCCUUCUGAGUUCUUCUCCUUCUCAAACCCCUCUAAUCUGCAGAAGCUACUUCUGGCCAACAAUUAUCUAUCAGGAGAAGUGCCUUCAGAGAUAGGAAACUGCAAAAACCUGAAUGUAAUCGACUUUAGUUUCAACCAUCUGACUGGUCUGAUUCCCCGAGAGAUUUGGACCCUGCCAAAUCUUUCUGAAUUGAUUAUGUGGGCAAACAACCUUACAGGUGAAAUUCCAGAAAGUAUUUGCACGAAUGGAAGCAAGCUAGAGAUGUUGAUUCUCAACAACAAUCGCAUCACUGGAAGCAUUCCACAAUCCAUUGGCAGUUGCACCGAUAUGAUUUGGAUUUCACUUUUCAGCAAUCAACUUAGUGGAGAAAUCCCCCCCAGUAUUGGAAAUCUGAGUAACCUUGCUAUACUCCAAGUGGGUAGCAAUUCACUCACUGGACAAAUACCACCAGAACUUGGCAAGUGUCAGAGCCUAGUAUGGCUUGACUUGAACAGUAACAACCUUGCUGGUUACCUCCCCCCUGAGUUUGCAGACCAAGCUGGAUUAAUUGUUCCUGGAACUGUAUCUGGAAAGCAGUUUGCAUUUGUAAGAACUGCUGAUGAGGCAUCUUGUAAAGGAGCUACGGCAAUUGUUGAAUUUGGAGGGAUUCGAGUAGAGAGGCUAGAAAAUUUUCUUAUGGAUCAGUCAUGUUCAAGCAUCAGAAUUUACUCUGGCAAGACAAUUUAUACAUUUGUUAGCAAUGGCAGCAUGAUAUACAUUAAUCUCGCUUACAAUUCCCUGUCAGGAACGAUCCCUGACAAGUUUGGUUCCAUGAGCUAUUUGCAGGUCCUAAUCUUGAGCCACAACAAGAUGACUGGAAAUAUUCCUGAUGCUUUGGGAGGUUUGAAAGAAAUUGGGGUUCUGGAUCUUUCUCAUAAUAAUCUUCAUGGAUUUAUCCCAGCAUCUUUAGGGAAUCUCUCAUUUCUCAGUGAUUUUGAUGUCUCUAACAACAAUCUCUCUGGUCUCAUCCCUAGUCGUGGUCAGCUGUCCACGUUCCCAGCAUCCAGAUAUGAGAACAAUUCUGGCCUUUGUGGCGUCCCAUUGCCCCCUUGUGGCUUCCCAUUGCCCCCUUGUGGCUCUGCAGGCAGCUCGCGAAACUCUUUCUCGCUAAGAAAGAAGCAGUCUUUAACAGAAGAAAUGGGUUUUGGCGUCCAAUUCUUUAUCACUUUCUCGGCCACAUUCUUUAUCAGUUUUUUGGUGGCAUUCUUCAUAAGCAUCAAAAUGGGCGUGCUCUUAUAGGUUAUAAGAAGUAAAUAUAUUAGCAUAGUAAGUAAACAUCGAUAGAUGGA